CAUGGCAAUUUCUUUAUGGCAUUUCAUGAACUGUUCUAAGGCUAAGACCUCAUCAUUAUCUGAUGAUCAGUGGGAGUCCAUCACCAUGUCAUUAUCUGAUGUGUGGGAGUCCAUCCGUGAGGGUGCAUACUUGGGAGGCCCAAUCUGGGAGCAUAUCCUUGGGUAUUGGAACACGAGUAAGGCAAAGCCGGACAAGGUGCUAUUCCUAAAGUACGAGGAGGUUCUACGCGAUCCUACGAAGAACAUCGAGAAAAUCACGGAAUUCAUCGGCCAGCCAUUCUCUGACGCCGAGAAGGAAGCCGGGAUCGUUGAGAGCAUCAUCGAGCUUUGCAGUUUUGAGAAGAUGAAGGCUUCGGGUGCCAACAGCACAGGCUCCCUACAUAUGAUGGCCAAUGAGUACCCACAUGAGUCUUUCUUUAGGAAGGGAGUCAUCGGAGAUUGGGUGAACCACGUCACGCCAGAGAUGGCCGAUAGUCUUGAUAAGUUUCUCUCGGCCAAGUUUUAUGGAUCAGGGUUUACUUUUGCGGAGUGAUGCAUUUGGAAUUUCAUUUUGUGUAUGUUUAGCCUCC